GCAGGAGAAAAUAGAAGCCACAACACAACCCAUCGAAACCGAUGUGAGCGAUCGAGGGGGUGGAUGAAUCAGGCGCCAAUAAAUCGAAAUUAUAAGCGGCAAACCCCUGAUUUCCCACCACUUGCGUUUUUCCAUUUUCAUGAAAGCGGGAAAUCUAUACCCAAUUUACAUUUUCCAUUUUCUAUCGCACCUCUUGAUAUACAACAAUUAAGUAGAUUUGUUGAAAUACUCGAAACAGUUGGCACAUUUACCCAUACCCACGUAUAUCUUUACCCCAUUUGAUCGAAAACCCCAAAGAGAUUAAGUAGAUUCGUAGCAUUUCAUCGGAAUCUUGGUGUGUUUCGUUCGAUUCGAGUGAAGAAAUCCGGAAAAGCGAGAGUUUGUGUGUAUCUGAAGUUAAGUUUUGUGUUGAAAUCUCAAACCCUGGUGUCGAAUCGGAAGAGGGUUUUCCAUUUUUGAGAUUAGGGUUUAGGGUUUGUCGAAAUGGGCGACGCGAUGGUUGUUGAUGGUGGAAAGAAAGCGACGAAGAGGAAGAGAGUUGAGUUAGUGAUGAGUAUAGAAGAAAAAGAGGCUCGCAUUGACGCUUUACGUGAAGAAAUUGAUGGUUUAAUUAAGUAUUACAAGGAGUUUAACAGUAAGAUCGUAAUGUUUAAUGUGGAUUCAUUGAAGGCGAAUUAUUCGGGUAAUUCGAUGAUUGCGUGUUUCUUGGAAGAGAGUAGUCUUCCUUUAUCGAAAUUGGUGGAAUCGAUUUUUGAUUCUGUUAAAGAUAAAGAGGGUUCGAUGACACCUGCUUCUGUGAAGAGUUCUGUGCUUCUCAUUGGCCAGAGAUCCUUCUAUGGAGUUCAAAAUCCAAAUGCUGAUGUGUUGGAAGACGAAUCUCCUUCUGGUCUUUGGUGUUGGGAGACAAGAGAUCUAAAAUUACUUCCAAAGUCUUUUCGUGGUGAACUCAAAAUUCGGCGGACUUGUCGCAAAAAGAUCCACGAGAGGAUAACUGCUGUUUCUGCUGCUAUAACUGAACUAAUGAAGUCAGAGAGCCCUUCUGCUCAGAAGGUAAUGAAAGCAUCUGAAAGGCUUGGUAAGGUGCUGAGUGAAGCAGAAAUACGUUUGCUAGUUGAAAAAAUGCAAGAGAAAAAUGGGAUUGAUGUUGCUGAGAAAGAGGUAAAGAAAGAAGAAAAACUAGUGGUGAAGCAAUUGGAGAAAAACAAACGGGAAGUGGAGAAAGAGAAAAUGAGAAUGGAGCGGGAACUUUUGAAGGAAAAGUUACAAAGCGAAAAAGAGCUUAGGCGUUUGCAAGAUGAGGCCGAAAAAGAGGAAAAACGCCGUGAGACUGAAAUAAGGAAACAGUUAAAAAAGCAACAAGAGGAAGCAGAUAAAGAACAGCGAAGGCGGGAGAAGGAAGAAGCAGAACAGAAAAGGCAGCAUGCGUUACAAAAACAAGCAUCAAUCUUGGAACGAUUUCUUAAAAAAAGCAAAAGUGGUUCACCUGUGCAGGCUGACCAAUCGUUGGUUAAAGCAUCUGGUACCGACAUUUCUCCUAAGCAAAGGGUACACGUGUCUGAAUCUGUUAUUCAGUCAAUGGAUGAUGCUCUAACACUAAAUGAUGAAUUUGAUGAAAAGGAAUUAUGGAAAGUACACUUGGAUUCUUGGCAUCGAUUAGUUCAUUGUAGUAGCAAAAAACGGCAUUGGGGAAUUCGACAAACUCCAAAGACAGUUGUUGUUACGGAGCUUAAGCUAACUAAUAGGGGGCUGCCAUGUGAAGAAAACCCAAGUGUAGAGAAGUUUGAUGAUGGAUGGACUGAAGCAAAAAAUGACUGCAAAUCUUCUGUUUUUGGUAGUCAGAAGUUUGGUCGGAGCAAACAGUUGCUGCAGUUUGAUAAAAGUCACAGACCUGCAUUUUAUGGUCAUUGGCCAAAGAAAAGUGAAGUUGUUAGAGCUCGUUGCCCUCUUGUCAAGGAUCCAGACUUGGAUUAUGAGAUUGAUAGUGAUGAAGAAUGGGAAGAGGAGGAACCUGGUGAAAGUUUAUCAGAUUGCGAUAAGGAAGAUGAUGAUGAAACUAUGGAAGAGAACUUGUCAAAAGUUGAUGAUGAAGAUGAGAGUGAGGAUGGGUUUUUUGUUCCUGAUGGAUAUCUGUCGGAAAAUGAGGGUGUUGAAGUUGAGAGAAUGGAUCAUACCAACUUAGUUGAAGAUGCCCGGAGUUCUCCGAGUUGUGCGCAGUUGGAAACCGAGGAGCUUUCUGUACUUUUCCGACAACUCAAGCAUCUCAACUCUUUGACUGAGCAUGCUCUUCGGAAAAACCGGCCUUUGGUAAUUUUGAAUCUAAUUCAUGAAAAGCCACAGUCAUUAUUGACUCAAGACCACUCGGAAAGUGAACAAAUGUGUUUGCAAGCUCUGAGCAUCCGUGUGUUCCCUGUGGGUCCGCCUAUAGAGAUACUAGCAGGCGAUGAUAUACAAGAAGAGGUACAAGAAGAUUGCCCUUCGAGUAGCAAAGGUGGUGUCGUGCCACUGGUGAGCGGAACUGCUAUCUCGGAUUCUGAUUUACCGGAAAUUGUUUCCGUCAUCCAGUCUUGCCCACAUGGGAUCAACAAAGUGGUAAGCGCAUUGCGUUCCAAGUUUCCAAAUAUCCCGAAAUCUCAGUUGGGAAGUAAAGUGCGUGAGAUAUCUACUUUUGUAGAUAACCGCUGGCAGGUCAAAAAAGACAUUCUAGAAAAAUAUGGCUUAUCAUCUUCUCCAGAGAAAACUGCGAGACGAACCAAGUCUAUAGCGGCGUUCUUCUCGAAAAGGUGUCUGCCGCCCGCGGGUAAAACGACCAACCCGAAUCAAGUGUCGCCACAGUCGACGGAAAAAACGUCACCAGGUGUUGAAAUGCAGAACAAUACAUACAAUAGUCAAUAGUCUCUCUUUAUGUUUUUUGUGUUUACAAUCUUCUGAUUUUCUGUUAUUACUUGUGAUUGUGGAUUAUGGCAUAGUGAAUAGCUUCAUAAACCAUGAUAUUUUGGGUCAACUCAUGUUAAAAAUCCAGCUAAAUGGAUCAUUUUCCACC